AUGACAGCUUUGAGAGACUCAGGCAGCACCCCGGCCCUCACCAAACUCUCCUACCUCGUCAUCUCGGGCGGCACGGGCGCCAACUCGUUUGCAAGCGCCUUCGGCCCAUCGCCUGCCUACGUGUUACCCGUAUCGGAUGACGGGGGAAGCUCCGCCGAAAUCCUACGCUGCUUCGGCGGACCGUCUAUCGGCGAUAUCCGCUCGCGCCUGAUCCGCCUGAUCCCGCAACCCUCAGAACCUGUCACAAGAGAGGACCGCGAACGGCGGGCCAUCUACAACCUCAUGGCGCAUCGGUUCCCGUCAACUGUGGCGGAGAAGAUCGCGCGCGAGGGGUGGGAGGAGAUAGUUGAGGGGCGAAGUGCACUGUGGAACGACGUCGGCGAGGACAAGCGCGAAUGUAUCCGCGCAUUCCUUGUGCACUUCCAGACGCUGUGCCUGCGACGCGCGCAUAAGCGGUUUUCGUUCCGCAACUUCUCACUGGGUAACGGCUUCCUCACCGGCGCGCGAGAUUUAUUCAGUAGCCUCCCCAGCGCCAUCUUCCUGUUCAAAUCGGUCGCGGGUGUUAACGAAGGCGUUCAGGUAAUUCCUGUCAUCAACACUAAUCAAACAAUCACCAUCGCUGCCAGCCUGGCGAACGGAGAUAAGAUCAUCGGGCAAUGCAACAUCUCGCACCCUGCGCCGCCACCGCCAAUACAGCCAUUGACCCGGCUCAACUCACGUGGCGUACUUGUUGGGCCUCGACCUUCCUCUAGCAACCACCUGCGACCGCCACGCAGACGCGACUCGCGGACGUUUGACACUGUUGACAGCGCACAACCGUCGCCAAGCCGCGGUGCGACCCCAUUGCCCCUCCAGGACGUUGACGACGACGAGGCGUUUGGGCGGGGCAACAUUGGGUAUAUGAAGGGAAUGGAGGAGGUGCCACUCGAGUCACGUAUCGAGCGGUUGUUCUACAUCAAUCUGUAUGGGCAGGAGAUCUUUCCCGAGCCAAACGGCGAGUUGUUCGAGGCGUUGGACAAGCGCGACGUGCUCGUCUACUCAUGCGGCUCACUGUGGACAAGUAUCAUCCCCUGCUUAGCACUGCGGAACCUCGCAUCGUCCAUCGCCCUGUCCAAGUCACUCAAGGCCAAGGUCAUGCUCUUAAACUCGGUCAACGACCGCGAGACGCCAGGCUACACUGCCAUGGACUACAUUGACACCAUUGCAAACAUGCUCCGGCACUACGACGUGCCGGUGCCAUUGCAAAACCGCGACGACAUGAUUCUGUGGGAGACGAGCAGCUUCAUCACGCAUGUUGCGUAUCUUGAGGGUGGCAAGGUGGAGGUGGACGAGCAGGCCAUCACUGCACGAGGGAUCAAACUCAUUCGCAUUCCCUCUGAACUGCACUGUACCCCAAAGGACAAAACACCGCUAUUUAAUGCCAUGACAGUCGAGUGGACAAUGGAGCAAGUCGUUUCAAUGCUCUAA